AUGUCUGAUCACCUCACCCUUCAUCCUUGGCAGAACAACAUGCAGUCCUUUGGCCUCACCAACCCAGCACUAAGCCAGCAGAACUACCAGUACCCCUUCGGCCAGCCGGACUUGAACUGCAGCAGCAAUCCAAACCAGCUUCCACUCGACCCACCACCCCCACUGCUCGGCUACGAAUUCCAGGUGCCCAUCAACCUCUUCUCAAACCAACCACUGCCCAGCUUCUCUCCUGGCUCAGCAUCCUCCUGCCGCUCCUCAAGCUCAUCCAACCACUCCCUCUUCAACUCUCACCAGCAGCACCAACAACUCUCCGCAAAUCACCCCCACUCACCACCCCCUCUCCAUGCUUCCUAUCUCACAAACUCUCUCGAACUCACUCAAACAGUCUCCUCAAAAGGACUCGACAGGAGCAGUUUACUCGGCUGUCAUUCGCGAGACUCGCGUAGCGGAUCGGUGAGCUCGGAGCCCAACAGCAACUGGCAAGUUCCCCAAGCGUUUGAUAUUCCCACAGACUCAUUCGAGCUGCUCCGAUGGGGUGGGGGUGAGGAAAGCCAUUGGGAGCUGCCCAGGUUCGGAGAUGACCGUGGACACGAGCGAAGUCGAUCGGAGGGAGACAUUGUCCCAAGCUCGCGCUUCCAACCAGCCGUCGAUCAGUCUCUAGAACCAACGUUCGAUCUCAGCGGCACCGGCACAUGCGAUUUCACCGCUGCUGGUCAUGGGAAUCAGACCGAGGUGAACGAACCAGGACGAAGAAAGAACGUGGCGAGGAUGGGAUGGCCGGGUGAGGAUCAGGAGGCCGAGGAGGAGAACGACCGGUUUGAUCCAACACGCUCCAAGUUUGUCUUGGACACCCUACCAUCCACCGACCACAAGAUCAAUAAUGGUCUCCAGCCUAUCUGCUCGGUGACCACCGAAGGCCCAGUCUUGGCCUCCUUCGCCCUACCCCCGGACAACAACCAACAUGAUGUCAGGAUGCUCUCUACCGACGACGAACCACUCAGCACGGCCAGGGCGUCUGAUUUUAAGACUACCACCACCGGCUCGAAAACUGCCAAGCCUGCUUCUAACAAGAAGACUCCUAAUCGGAAUCCUAGGGUCGGUAACAACGGCGGCAGGUGUCGGAGACUCGCUCCCGCUAAUCGAGAGUGUCCUCAUUGUGGGGCUAAGUUUACACGGAACGAUCGGCUUAAUUAUCAUAUUGAUAGUAUUCAUGAACAUAAGGAACCGAAGUUCAAGUGCGACAUUGGUAACUGCUCCAGGGCUUUUCGUCAACGAUCCGAUCUCGUCCGCCAUUCUCGACACGUCCAUCACAAGAUUUGA